AUGGCUCGCUCUUCGCGUAAUUCCUUCCUUGUCUCGGGAAUUCCUCGUUAUUCUCGAUCAGCUACGUAUAGAAAGAAAGCUCUCUACAAACGCAAGAGAAUCGCAGUUAAACCUGCUGAACAGGCCAAAGCUGAAAAGUUUAAGACGGUCCAAGUUGGCGGGCCAAAAAAUAGCGAAACAAGAAUAAUCCCAUUGGAAAAGGCGCCUAAAUACUAUCCGGCUGAGGAUGUGCCGAAACUAAAGGUUAGCAGGAAAACCCCGAGGCCAACAAAGUUAAGGCAAACUAUCAUUCCAGGAUCGGUUCUGAUUUUGCUGGCAGGACGAUUCAGGGGAAAGAGGGUUGUGUUUUUGAAGCAAUUGACAUCGGGCUUGUUGUUGGUGACUGGACCAUAUAAAAUCAAUGGUGUGCCAUUGAGGAGAGUGAAUCAGGCUUUUGUUGUUGCUACGUCAACAAAGGUUGAUAUUGGAACGGUUAAGCUUAAUGACGUAGACGAUCAAUUCUUCAAACGCGAGAAAGCCGAGUCAAGUACUGCCGAGGGAGAGUUCUUUGGCGAUGACAAGAAUGGAAAGGCCUAUCCUAAAACAAAGGCUGCUAAACAAAAGGAUGUCGAUAAAGCAAUUCUCGAGGCUGUAGCAAAAGUUCCUCAUCUCGGAGACUAUCUGCGCUCUAGAUUUUCGCUCUCUAAGGGACGAGGCUCUGAGGAACACUCAGUCGGGCAGGCUCCAUGUGGUGGAGUUGACACUGUCGGAGAGCCGAAACAGCUUGCAUUGAAUGAUACCGUCAAAAUUAGAAUUGCAAUAGCCGGUACAAUGACCGUCUUUUUUGCGCCAACUGCAGCUGGACCAUUCGUUAAUAUUUCAGCACCAUAUGUGAAAACGACCAACAACCAAGACAAAAAAAUCCUGAUCCCGAUUUCAUGUUGGAAAGCAAAUAUCACCGAAGGCAGUGUUGGCGUACUCCAAGCAGUAUACAAGUCGUCGGAUGGUGGCGUAACUCAAUAUGGUUGUGCUGAUGUGGUUAUAGUUAAUGUACUUUCAGCCGAUGCCAAUGUCAUAAGGGGUGGCUUGACUUUAACAAUAUUGGCUGCUAUCAUCAGUGUCAUCUCUGGUUUGUAA